AUGCUUCUCUGGACCAUUCAGGAUUUUCCUGCGUAUGGAAAUCUUGCAGGGUGUAAGGUCAAGGGCAAAAUGGGAUGUCCUGUAUGUGGGAAAAACACAGAUAGUAUGUGGCUGAGUAAUUGUAGGAAGCACGUAUAUAUGUCCCAUCGGAUUCGAAAAGGUCUACCUCCGAGACAUGCUUAUUGUGGAAAGAAAUCAUGGUUUGAUGGGAAAGCUGAGCAUGGGGAAAAGGGUAGGACUCUGAGUGGUCAUAACAUAAGCCAAAUACUCAGAAAUUACAAGAAUGAUUUUGGAAAUGUGAAAGUAACUGGAAGGAAGAAGAAGAUUAUAGAGCCUGUUGGAUCAGAGUCGGAUGAUGAAACCAGUGAAUCAGAGGAAGAGGAAGAAGCAGUAGAUGAGGAGGAGCUAUCUAGAAUAUGGAAGAAGCGGUCAAUCUUUUUCAAGUUGCCUUAUUGGGAGGAACUCCCGGUUAGACACAAUUUAGACGUGAUGCACGUAGAAAGAAAUGUUGCUGCAAGCCUUAUCGCAACGUUAUUGCAUUGUGGAAAAUCAAAAGAUGGACUUAACGCUCGUAAAGAUCUUGAACUGCUUGGCAUUAGGAAGGAUUUACAUCCUCAACCCCGUGGGAAAAGAACUUACCUUCCUCCACCUCCUUGGUGUUUGUCCAGCAAAGAGAAGAAAGCAUUCUGCAAGCGUCUAUCUGAAUUUCGUGGUCCGGAUGGUUACUGCUCAAAUAUAUCAAGGUGUGUGAAGAUGGAGGAAUGUAAGAUAUCAGGAAUGAAAUCACAUGAUUACCAUGUGUUGAUGCAACAGCUUCUUCCGGUUGCGAUUAUAGGGUUAUUACCUAAAGGUGUUAGGAUAGCUAUUGGACGCAUGUGUGAUUUCUUCCAUCGUCUCUUUCAUCUAGGCAGGGAAGCUCGGUUCUGUGGACCUGUCCAUUUCCGUUGGAUGUACCCAUUUGAGAGGUACAUGAAAGUGCUGAAAGACUUCGUAAGAAACCCUGCAAGACCAGAGGGUUGUAUUGCUGAAGCGUAUCUCGCAGAGGAAUGCGUUAGGUUCUGCAGUGAGUUCUUGAAAAAGACAACAAGUUAUAAGGAGAAACAUGAAAGGAAUACUGAGUUCGAGAGCAGCUCUAUUCUGGAGGGACGUCCAAUAUCCGCAGGCACUGAUUGUGUUCUUUCUGAGAAGGAUAUGAACAUUGUACAUCUUGCUGUGAUUCAGAAUAUGGCAAUCGUGGAACCUUAUGUGGACAUGCACCUACAAUAUCUACAGGACAGUAAUGACAAAUGUAGACGUGAUGCAACAAUAUUAUGGAGAACCCAUACUCAAAAAUUUGCAUCCUGGUUAAAAGAGCAGAUACCAAUUACUUCACAGAAUCACGAAGAAACACUGAAGUGGUUGGCCUACGGUCCUCGUGCAAGCGCAAGGGCUUAUAGUGGCUAUAUCAUUAAUGGUCUGCGGUUUCACACCAUUUCAGCUGACAUGCAAACUCAGAACAGUGGUGUUUUGUAUGAGGCAACAACAAUGUGUCGAUCUAGUGCAAAAGACACUUCUCAGAUGGUUGAUUUAGUAACCUAUUAUGGAAGAGUGGUGGAGAUUCUACUGAUCGACUACAAUACAUUCUACAUUCAUGUAUUCCGCUGCCAAUGGGCAAACAUAGGAAAUGGAGUGAAGGUAGAAGAUGGCUUCACACUAGUCAACCUGAACCAAAGCCAAAUGGCUUUUGCUAGAGAUCCAUACAUCCUCGCCUCACAAGCCAAGCAAAUAUUUUAUUCUAGAGUAGAUGAGUCAUCCAGUUGGUAUGUAGCUAUGAGAGGUCCUACAAGAAGAUACAGUGAAGACGAUUGUGAAGAUGGUCAUGCAGAUGUUGGUUCAUUGCCAGCAGUUGUAGCUAUGGAUGCUGAUGACUUGGUUGAUGAUUCUAGAAAUGCUAGGGCUAACUGCGAAGGAAUUUAUGUUUGA